GUUAACUUGACCACAAAAAAUGAAAUUAUUUGAUAACAGAAUGCACAAUUUUUGUGUCAUUUUUGUUGCUGGUAUUUUCCUACUCAGCUCUCCUUCGGCAACUUUAGCAGAAGGUGAGCUGGUGCUAGAUAGUUCUAUUUCCGUCAUCACAAUACUAGCCAACAAAACAACCACUGUAUGGCUCAGAAGUCCAUUUUAUGGAUUCAGCUAUAUUACUUUUCAGUUUCACACACAAAUCAGCAAUUUGUCAUUGUCCUCUGAACCAUCUUUUGGCUCUGACACGACCAAGACUGGCACAAGUGUUGGCAUACUGACAAUACUACAGCCCAAGCAAGAUAAUGUAACACUGUAUAUGCGGGUCAGUGGACCAGAUAAUGUCACAGCAGUGGCGUUGAUGGAUUUCCAUGACUCGAAUGACCCAUUGCCAGGCGGUUGCAACCAAGUUUUUAAUCUUCCAAUUGAUCCAUCCAUUGUUCUUUUAACAAAGCCUUAUAGAACCGAUGUUUGGUUCCAGUGGGCCAACGUGGCAGUUGGCCAGGGCCUUCCGCUACCAGAUUGUGAAAAUAAAAUAGUGCAAAGCAAUCUCACCUAUGAAGUUUACGUCUACUACCUCGCACAAGGAGACCAGUCUGAGCAUGAAUUUAUUAACAGCGUGAAGAAAAUGAUUGACCCAGUCAACAUUAAAAAGUAUGGCAGUAAGGUUGUUUCUACCAGAGAUGGCCCAUCAGCCAAGUCCAUAUUGUCUGUCAUGUCUCAGGCCAACCAGGGGGCGCUGUAUGCUGUUGUGGUGACCAGGCAAGACACAGGAAGGAGUGCAGCGUACACAACUGCUGUUUCAUAUGGUUGCAGUUUUGAAAAAGAAGAAUGCACUACACAAACUUCAAUUGAGGAAAUCUUUUGGUCCAUAGCUGUUGGUGUAUUUGGUAUCUUUCUGCUUCUUGUAGGACAUCAGUUUUUUAAAACAACUCAAUUUGUCUUUGGAUAUAUCUUCACUGCUCUAUUGAUAUACAUUCUGUUGUCAAUACCACACUCAUAUGAAGAUUCAAUCAAGAUACCAGUUUCCUUGGGUUUAGGAGUGGUUGGUGGGUUGUUGUGGCUGGCAUUCUGGUAUUUUAUCCAGUUCCCCAUUAUCUCAGUGUUCUUGGCUGGACUGUGCUCUGGAUAUUUGAUUGCAUCUGUUGUCUUUUUCACACCUCUAGCUAACAUUGACUGGUGGCUUACAGAAUUAAACUAUGGCAUGGGUUUUACUUGUGUCAUUCUGAUUUUUACAGUUGGUCUUAUGGCUUUUACUAAAGUGUUGAGCAUACUAUCCUGUGCACUAGUUGGUGCAUUUAUGCUGCUCUUGUCAAUAGCCAUCCCAUUUCAAUCCAGUUUGAAACUGAUAUUCCUAAAUUCUAUUUAUCAUCAAACACAAUCCAAUUAUUUAGAUGUAAAAGUUGUUUUUCCUUACUACACACUUGACAUCGUUCUGACAGUUCUCUGGCCUGUUCUGGUUCUGGCCUCGUUCUGCUUACAGUGGAGGCAAGCAAAAGGCAAGCCAGCUUUUAAUGUGUGGCGAAGAGGAUCCCACACACUUGAGCAAGUCCCGAACCAGUACUCGUAUGAUGCUGAAGAUGAAGAGAGAAACAACACCAGUACCGGUUCCAGCGUGGCAGAUGAGAGGAGGAAGCUGUUAGGAUCAGGCGGGCGAGCGUACGGAACUGCUGAUGAAAACUCACAAGGUUCAAGCCAGGGUCAGCGUGAAAAAAACUUGCUGACCUAACAUGUGAAUGAUGGAGAUACAUUAUUUCAUGCACAGAUGGAAAAAUGCUGACUUUGGUAAGAUUAAUUUGAGAAUUGCAGUUAUCCCUAAAGUUUGUAUAUUAUUAAUCUAAAAGUUUCUGUGGUAACUACAUUAUUUUGUAUCAUUGUACACUGUUGCCAUUUUUUGUACCAUAAAUUUGAUUGUUAUUUGAUUGUAAUUUAGGAGGGUUUUCUGUUAUAUUAAUAUUUUAUUUCUUGUGUAGAUAACUUAUUAGAUAAAAUUAAGCAAAAUAGUAAUUAAUCUAUACAUAAAAAAACUAAAAAAAACAUUAACAAAUGAUUGCAGUAGGGAAUAAACAACCGCUGUUUUAAAGUGUUUUAUAUAUCAAGUACCAGAAAGUAUCUUCUUAUAUUUUUAUAUCUUUAAUAUAUCAUGCUGAAUUAUGAUCAGUUGUUGAAAAAAAAAAUUUCUUUCACCAGUCUGGGAUUUAUAUUCUAAAUUGUGCAUAAUGUACCAAUUCACCAAUUCAGUUGUGUGGUGUUAACAUUAAAGUUCUAUCUUUGUAACCAAUUGUGGAUGUAACACUCUGACAAAUCUCUGCCUUAUUUUUUACACAACUUAAAGUACAAUGGUACUUGUUUGCUGAGGUCAAAAGCUGAAUAAUUACUUGUGUCAAGUUUUAAUGAAACCAAUAUAACUCAGAUAAAAAAAUGUAUCUAUAUCCAAUCUUUAACCAUGACAUUAAACGCAAUAUCAACAUGUAUAUAAAUUAUAUGGAUACAUUUCUUUUGGUGCACCUAAUUGUUCAAGUGUUGAUAUUGCAUAAUCUGUUGCAUAAUCCUGAUCAUCUAAAAAGUUUUUAUUCUUUAAAAUAUAGCAAAGAAUCAGUAUAUAGGAUAAAACAUAAUUAUGUCAAUGUAUGCUUUGUUAAAUUUAUUUUUUAACCAACCACUCUUCAUCAUUUCGGUGUAUUUAUUUUUGUUUAAUGUACAGUUUUAAAAUACUCAUGUUCCUUUGAUAGAUAACAUUAUUACUUUAUUAUCUUUAAAAUUAACUAGCACCUGACUAAUUUACACUUUUAAUGAAGUUAUAUGUAAGAAACUUUCUUGUUUUGGAGAUCUAUAAAUCUCUCAGAAUUUACCAAAUGUUUGUUGCUGAAAUACUUAUGUUAAUGUUAGCUGUGUAAACACUGGAUGUAUAUCACCCACCUGUUGUUACCUAAUCGAACAAAUUGUUAGUAAAGAUUUGUCUUUCAUUCAUAAAUUAGGAAAAAAGAAGUGUCAAAUAAAUUCAUAUACCGAACUUUCAUCAGAUGUAUCCUAUUUUUUAAAUUAAUAAUUUGACACAUUUAAUUUUAGCACGAGGAUUUUCUACAUCCACUUUUUACCUUUUUCUAAUAAAAUGUUAGAUGAAAAUAUUGAAAAUAAACAAAUAUGAAUUGGGUAAA